AUGGCUGCAGUGGCCGUGGCCAGACAUGAUAGCUACGACGAGGCUGUUGCCCCAGAGGGCAGCGAGGAGCCUGGUGAGGAAGAAAAAGCUUACUAUUUGGACGAUGAGGAGCCCUUGGAGCCCUUGAGUCGUGACAGACAGGAUGACAAAGUCUCACAGAGGUCACAAAGCUUGGAAUCGGUCCAAAAAGAGGCGAUCGGUGAUGACGCUGAUGACGACCCCGUUUUUUCAGCUAUGGCGCCCGCAGCCGAGCCCUCUGCGCCCGAGAGGGGGCCCAUACGAACGGCCAGGGAGGCCCAAGCCGCUGAUUGCGAUGCGCCAGAGCUUCCACCUGGAGCCAUUGCACAGGACGCACCUUUGGAUGGUCCGGUGGAAGAUGUGACUCCGCCGUCGCCAUCACCAGGAGUGAGUCCGCAAGAACACCUCAGUGCGGCUCUGAGGGGCACUUCGCCGGGCUUUCACCAAUGGCAGGAGGUGGAGGUGGCAUCCAUUAAGGGUCAGCCUAUGGAAGAGGCGCGCAUCCCGGAAUGGAAGUCCCGCAGUGGAUCCAGGUGA